AUGGUCUCGCAGGCCGACACAGACAACUACAUAGAGUAUUACACCAACCUCCGGAUGAUCGAGAAUAAACUUCUCCAGGUAAAGGCCAUUCAGAACUGUGGCCAGAGGUUCAGCUCAACUGCCCUCCGUACUACCACUGCGUCCGCUGAUGCCAUGGACUGGCAACCCAGCACGACAUAUCUGGCCUCCCACUACCGCGAAGCCUUUCAGAAUCUCUGGGAUCACCGCUGCACCUCAGCUCAGGAAGCCCCCAAGGACCCUCAAGAAAAUAGGAUUGAAGGCACUCAUUCAGAGCAGGGAAAAGAGGAACUCUCGCCCAAAAUCACUGACAAGAGCCUGAGUGCCCAAGAAUUUCCUUUCUCUAAACAUGGAUUAUGCCCCUUCCUCUUCUCACACGGUUACAAUUUGGAGGUUCUUGAUAUCCUUGAGCAGACGCAAUACCACGAGAACCCUCGGAGCCCGAUACAGGUGGCCGACUCGAUCGUUCAUAAGCUUCGAGAAGCUCGCGAAUGGGCAGAAGCUUUCAAUGUCGGGGACAAAUUCUGGUUAAUCCUUGAGAAUAUACAAACUGACCGGCCCUCCGCUUCCCGAGACGUCCGUCAUGCAAAAUACACAGUUCUUGAAGUCUUAGGCAGCCAUAACUACCGUCUAGACACACCUGGCAUCCAUGAUGUCUUUCAUACGAACCUCCUUCAACGAGCUGCCACUGACCCACUACCCUCACAAAAGUGGAACGAUUGGCAGCCGCCAGGUCUACUCACUGAAAACAAUGAGCUUGAAUAUGAAAUAGAAGAAAUCCGCAAUGAACGAAUGAACCACCACCGCCAGGAACUACUUGUGAAAUGA